AUGGGUCCCCUGUCGCUCACGCGACCCCGCCUUGCGCUGUGGAUUCGAAGCAGAGCCCUUCGAAGACUGCUGUUUUUCCGUAUCCUCCCUCUUGUCGUGAUCCUCCCCGUCCUGCUGCAGAUAUUGUUGGCGUAUGUCGUCGCCAAGGACCCCCGAUUGCUACCGUCGCCUCUACGACGCGCGAAGAACGUCCUGAUCGUCACGGCGCACCCGGACGACGAGUGUCUGUUCUUCUCCCCGAGUAUCUUGGGCGUGUUGGAUGCCAACCCAGACGUCGUAGGCGGCCUCGUCGUCCUCUCAACAGGGAACAACUAUGGGCUGGGGGAGACGAGAAAGAAGGAGCUGCAUGGCUCGUGUCUGGCCUUGGGGAUCAAUGCCGAAAGAUGCAUUGCGUUGGACCGGAUGGAUCUCCAAGACAACCCCAGGAUCUGGUGGAACGAGGACGUGAUCAUUGGCUCCGUGAAGAAGUACGUGGAGAAGUGGAAGGUUGAUGCGAUCCUUACAUUUGAUAGUGGAGGCAUUUCGGGACACAUCAAUCAUAGGGCAGUAAGUGCUGCGAUCAGCAACUACGCCGCAACCGAUGCCAAGGCGCCGCCAACCUACCUCCUCUCCUCGGUGCAUCUUAUCCGCAAGUACACCUUCCUCGGCGACCUCCCACUGACCUCCCUCUCCUUCUCAUGGCGCAUCUUCCAGGCGCUCUUCUCGCGAGCCUCCGAGGUCGACGAGAGCUACGAUGACAAGGCGCUCAUCGCGAACACCUGGAGCUCCUACCUGAAGACCCGCAUGGCGUUCAGCUCGCACGGGAGCCAGUACUCGUGGGACCGGAACCUGUACAUGGUGCUUGCCCGGCAGGUCUGGUUCAACGACCUGCGUCGCGUGCCCCGGCGGUCUACGUAG